UCUCUCGUCACAGGAAUUGCCCUAAUUGUGGGCCUCCAGAUAGGAUCUGGAAUAUUCUCCUCUCCAGGAGUUGUUGUCGCAAAUACCCACAGCGCUGGCGCUAGUUUGUUGGUCUGGCUCGCUUCCGGGUUGCUUGCGUGGACAGGGGCGAGCAGUUUUGCGGAACUUGGCUCAGCCAUUCCGCAAAAUGGUGGCGCUCAGGCUUAUCUUGCAUAUGCGUAUGGGCCCCUCGUUUCCUACCUGUUUGCUUGGACAGCAAUAAUCGCUUUAAAGCCAGGUGGAAAUGCGGUAAUCAGCCUCAUUUUUGCCGAGUAUCUCAAUCGGAUUUUUUGGAAUAUCAGCGCUGAGGUGUCAGCGGAUGGCAUUCCUCAAUGGGCUAUCAAACUUACCGCGACUGGUGCAGUCAUCCUAGUCACAGUUCUUUGUGUCGCAACUCAAAAGUUGGGGACUCGAGUUGCUGUGGUUUUCACCACAAUCAAGGCAAGUGCCAGGUCGCGUAUCCUUGUGACUGUUCUUGGUGUCGUUCAACUUGCUCGCGGAAAAGCCUCUCCAUCUCUACGCCAGCCCUGGUUUGAAAAUUCAUCGACGAGCCCUUCUGCAUAUUCGUUGGCUCUUUAUUCUGGACUGUGGGCAUUCGAUGGUUGGGAUCAGGCUAAUUACGUUGGUGGUGAAAUUCACCACCCUGAAAAGAAUAUUCCCCGCGCCAUUCACUCAAGUAUGUUGAUUGUCACACUACUUUUUCUGCUCGCGAAUCUAUCGUACUUCGUGGUUUUAGACAAGGACGUGGUUGGUGUUAGCAACACUGUAGCAAUGGAUUUCGGUAGAACCCUGUUUGGUCAUGUUGGCGGCACACUGUUCGCCGUGAUGGUGGCAGUCUCGUGCUUCGGAGCCCUCAAUGGCUCGUUCUUCACAUCUUCCCGCCUAGUGUACGCUGCUGGCCGUGAACGGUAUCUUCCCGCAAUAUUUGGCCGCUUACACUCGACGCGGAAGACGCCUUUAAACGCGUCCCUUCUCCAAGCUGGGAUUACAAUUUGCUUUAUAUUGAUUGGCGGUGGCUUCAGGUCGCUGAUCAAUUUCUCUGUCGUUGCCUCUUGGGCGUUCUACUUUCUAACGGUUUUGGGGCUCGUAAUCUUGCGGGUAAAGGAGCCUACGCUUGAAAGACCGUACAAAACGUGGAUUCUUACACCACUGACAUUUUGCGCUGUAGCCCUUUUCUUACUGUGCAUGCCUAUCAUUGCAGCACCAGUCGAAGCCAUUGCAGUACUGGGUUUCAUCCUUGCUGGUAUCCCUGUGUAUUAUCUCACGCAACAAUGUGACGAAAGCACCCAUGCAGCCUGUGAGUCAUCAGGUGACCGUCCGCCAGGUCGAGUUAGCUCAUCACUUACGAUUUAG